AUGAUUCAGGCCAAAGGCGGGCAAGCUCCUUCCCAGGCCCGCCAUCCCCUAUCUGUUGUGAUGUCGCAGAUACCAGAUGCGGCGUUUGAGACAGAAGAACAACAUGUUGGUGAAGUCAAGCAGCAAAGCACAGUAGUUGCCAGUCAUGUCGCCAGCCAUGUCGCUCCCCAAAUGGCUCGAGCAAAAGGCAGCCAACAUCUUUCCCUUGCUCGACACUCUCUCUCCGUUGCCCUUUCGGCAACAUCCAAUGCAAUCGAAGAACGCGCCGUCCAGCUUAUCAAACAACCAGUUCCCAAGAUAUUCCAUCUAGGCAUGUUUGAAAUUGGCCGACCCCUAGGAAAGGGCAAGUUUGGACGAGUCUAUCUUGCACGAGAACGAGAGACUGGUUUUGUUUGUGCGCUGAAGGUACUACACAAGGAUGAGAUCCAACAAGGAAAGAUCGAAAAACAAGUGGCUCGUGAAAUCGAGAUUCAAAGCAAUUUACGCCACCCCAACAUCCUACGGCUAUACGGUCACUUUCACGAUCGGAAGCGAAUUUUUUUGAUUCUCGAGUAUGCCGGAAAAGGGGAAUUGUACAAGCACUUGCAGAAAGCAGAUCGCUUCCCAGGGUGGAAGGCAGCCCAAUACAUUGCGCAAAUGGCCAGUGCAUUACGUUACUUACAUCACAAGCACGUCAUUCAUCGAGAUAUUAAGCCCGAGGAUAUCCUUGUUGGUCUUCACGGUGAGUUGAAGAUGUCGGAUUUUGGCUGGAGUGUCCAUGCGCCAAGUGGUCGCAGACUCACGAAGUGUGGGACACUGGACUACUUGCCACCUGAGAUGGUGGAUCCGAAAAGGUGCGAGAAGCCUUAUGAUGAAAAAGUGGAUCUAUGGUCCCUAGGAGUUUUGAUGUACGAGUUCCUGGUUGGACAGGCACCUUUUGAGGACACACCUGUUAUGACACAGAGACGAAUCGCCAAGGGAGAUAUGACGAUUCCUUCUUUUGUUAGCUCUGAAGCCAAGGAUCUUAUCAGAAAGGUGAGCUCAUCUUGA